AUAUUCUGUGGUUGAAGUAAAAAAUGCACUUUGAAUUCGUGUUGUCUAUGCCACAGAGUCCAAAUAUUGAAAUUGUUUUGCGAAUAACUUAUUUAUUACAAUAUUAGACAGUAUUAAUACACAACAUAAUAAAGUUUUAGAGCAACCAAUAACAUUGGAAUUUACACCAAUCGUUGCCACUUUUGAGAAAUUCACACGAAAAUAAUGAGUCAAACUGCAGUUUUCCAGACUAUGGAAUACAGUAUUUGUAAGAAAAUAGCGAAAGUGAUCAUUGAAAGGCUUAGAGAUUUAUCACCAACAUCGAGACAAGAAAGCGGACUUCAGGUAAAGAUUGAGAGAGAAGAAUGUGAAACUAAUCACAUCAAAGAAGAGCCACAACCAACCUCCAAUCAGAUGGCGACUGUUACUGUUAAAAAGGAGGAGGAGGAGGAGGAUAGCAGCCAGCAACCAGCUGCAGUGGAAGAUGAUUGCAGCCAACAACAUUAUCUAAUCCCUGGCUACAACAUGAUUUUCAUAAAGGAGGAGUCAUAUGAUGAGCAAGAGGCUGAAGGAAGUUCAGUGAAGAGUGAACCAGAGAUGUGGCCUUCAAACUGCAGCACAUCUGGCCGAGACUAUGCAACAGAAGUGGGUGGACUGAAUGAGCAUGCAAUCUCUCCAGUGAAAAAGUGCACUGAGUCAUCUGUGGUUGACAAGAAGACCAAGCUCUACAGCUGUGGUCACUGUAGCUAUAAGACACCAAAUUCUGCCAAUUUGAAGAGACACAUUCGAAAACACACUGCAGAAAACCCUUUCAGCUGCAAAUUUUGUGAAUAUAAAUGUGCCCAGUUAGGUACUUUGAGAAGACAUAUCAGAACACAUACAGGAGAAACUCCCUUCAGCUGUGAUUUAUGUGAUUAUAAAUGUGCUAGUUCAGGUAAUUUGAAAGCACAUAUCAGAACACAUACAGGAGAAACUCCCUUCAGCUGCAAUUUUUGUGACUAUAAAUUUUCUACCUCAAGUAAUUUGAAAGCACAUAUCAGAACACACACAGGAGAAACUCCCUUCAGAUGCGAUUUAUGUGAUUAUAAAUGUGCCCGGUUAGGUUGUUUGAGAAGACAUAUCAGAACACAUACAGGAGAAACUCCCUUCAGCUGCGAUUUAUGUGAUUUUAAAUGUGCUAGUUCAGGUAAUUUGAGAAGACAUAUCAGAACACAUACAGGAGAAACUCCCUUCAGCUGUGAUUUAUGUGAUUAUAAAUGUGCUAGUUCAGGUAAUUUGAAAGCACAUAUCAGAACACAUACAGGAGAAACUCCCUUCAGAUGCGAUUUAUGUGAUUAUAAAUGUGCCCGGUUAGGUAGUUUGAGAACACAUAUCAGAACACAUACAGGAGAAACUCCCUUCAGCUGCAAUUUUUGUGACUAUAAAUGUGCCCAAUCAGGUAAUUUGAAAGUACAUAUCAGAACACAUACAGGAGAAACUCCCUUCAGCUGCGAUUUAUGUGAUUAUAAAUGUGCCCGGUUAGGUAAUUUGAGAACACAUAUCAGAACACAUACAGGAGAAACUCCCUUCAGCUGCAAUUUUUGUGACUAUAAAUGUGCCCAAUCAGGUAAUUUGAAAGUACAUAUCAGAACACAUACAGGAGAAACUCCCUUCAGCUGCGAUUUAUGUGAUUAUAAAUGUGCCCGGUUAGAUAGUUUGAAAGUACAUCUUAUCAGGAGACAUAAAGAAGAAAAACCUUUCAGCUGUGAAUUUUGUGAUUUCAAAACUGCUCGUUCAAGUUCUUUGAAAAUUCAUAUCAGAACACAUGUCAUCAUACAGGAGAAAACCCCUGUGACUACAAAAGUGCUAGGUUAGGUACUUUGAAAGUACAUGGACACAUAAAAUUAUAUUUAGUUAAAUAAAAAACCAUGUGUCAUAUAAUUGGUUAUGUUUCACUAUUAAGAAUUCAAAAAUUUAGGUAGAAUUAAUUAUACCACCAUAACAAAGAAUUAGGCUCAGUUGCAUAAAAGCCUGUUAAGUUUUUAAUCAUGGUUAAAUUCGGCAAGAACCAAUCAGAGAAGGCUUCUCUAAUUGGUUCUGGUUGCCUAUAAUUAAAAUUGAAAGUCAACAGACUUUCCUGCAAGAUUUUCACAUUUUUCAGCACAUAAUGAACACGUGAGUGCAUAACAUAUUUUUUUAUCAGUACUGAAAUGAGGUCAGUAUUACAAAAAUCAGAUUAGUGUAAAUGUUAUAAUCUGUUUGAUGCCCUAGAAAAGUAGACUUUCUUGGAGAAACAUAAGUGCCAAGCUGAAUAAAGCGGUUUUCAGGAGAGUCGGCAGGGCAGGAAGCUCUCUGAUUGGCUGAUUAUCAUCCCAAAUGCCAACUGAUCCCCAAUCAUCCAAUUCCCAAAUGCCAACCCAAUCGGACAGCUUCCUGGGAGAAGCAACUACUGUAGUGAGGUCCACGUUAAUGGCAGUGGAGAAAGAUAGGAGAAAAACGUUGCCGAUCCUCUGUCUUGUCAAUACCUUCUAUAGACGGUAGCUGAUACAGCUGACGGUAGAUUGAUGUAAUAUGAUCUGUUCAUUCUCAUUUAAUACAAUCAAUUAUUCAUACUUUUCAAUAAUUUCAUAAUAAAUUUACAUAAUUAAGAAGAAAUAUUUUAUUAAUUAAUUAUUAAUUCUACAUUGUUGACAUUCGUCAAAAGACGAUCUGGCAACAGAGCAAAGUGAGAAAGAGAUAGCGCUAUCUGCUUUGUUGAAUGAGAGACAAGGAUAGCAAUACCAUUGCUAAUCAAGCACUGUCAUUUUAACAUGGAUUUCACUAUAGUUAGGGAUUAGUGAGAAUGUAUUAAGUAGAGCGCACACUAGGUCGGUGGAUAAUAACUAUUUCAAGGUUAAUACUUUCUUGUAUGUAAUGUCUGUUCUAACUUAUCAUACAGUAUUAUGUUUUCUAGCUGUGUUCUAACAAGUAAUUCAUUCUUUAUUGAUUAUUUCAUUGACUAUUAACUUCAGUGAUUUCAUUCAAUAUGGACAUCUAUUGUGAAAUAGACACGUUAAAGUCGGUCCUGGCUGCCUAAAAAGCAGUCGUUAGGUCAUGUCAGAGGCCCUGAAAUUGAUCAGUGGUGGCCUGAAAACUCUGACACCAGACCUGAGCCAGCCAGAUCACUCGAUAUUAUUAUUAUUGUGAAAUCAAUUCAACAACAGUCAGCAUUACUUAUUGAAAACAUCAAUGCUACCCAUUCCCCCGACUCUGACAGUUUGAAGAUAAUCUCAUUAUACCUCAGUGCUCAUCCUGGGUGUCAUUCAUAAGUGCGAUGUCUCAAAAGGGCUUAAAAGUACCGUACUUCAACUAUCCGUUUUUUGUGUGUAUCAUAUAAAAUAAUUAACAUACCUGUAUCUUGAAAAUUAUUAGCAUAUUGUCAUUAAAAAGCCAAAAUUAGCAUCUCUAACAUUUCAUUUUACCUUUGUAUCCUAAUUAACCAGAACAUUUUAGGUUAUGU